GUACUAUCUGAUCUAAUGUUUGCCUUUGUAUUGCAUAUUUUACAUGCAGAAAGACGAGGAGGAUAAGGAGUACGAUUUCGGAUCUUAUGAUCAUGAAGCUCCUUUGCCUCUUACCCUCACCUCCCGGGUGCUGUACAUGUUAGGUGACAUUACGUCUGGUCCUGGGUAUAGGUUCACUCAAUGGCUGGAGCUGGUUCGAAAACGCAGCAGCAAGUACCAGAAUCCGGCCUUCUCUAACCACCCUCGUCGAAUCAGUAGUAUGCCCUUCUUAAGUGCAGGGGAAUCAAGUUUGGACUCUACUAGUGCUCUCCCUGCUGAUCAAGUGAGGGAGUUCACUUUAUGGGACCGGCUUGGCAAAGCAGCCGUACUGGAUAUUGAGUCGAAUUCGUUCUCCUGGAGCAUGCUUUCUUCUGUUCACCGCACAGAGAAUAGUAGCAGCACUGAGCCAUCUGAGGAUGAGAUGAAUAAACCAUUAGAGGUCACGGUGAAUUCUGGAGGAGUUCUUUUUCUUGCACUCUUCAGACAACCUAAAAGGGACGGAUCUCCAUCAAAGGAAGCGGUUGCAGUAAUUAAAAUAUCCUCUACAAGAAUGGCAACUCAAUCAGAGCGCCUGGGUUAUGAAUUUGCUAAAUGGCUAGGUGUCCUAACUCCUCAAGCUCGAGUUGUACACAAUCUUAGUCACGAGUGGUUGCAGAUCAAGGAAGCUGCAGAAAGGGUACGAGAUGCAGCAAAUGCAGAUGGUGAUGAAAUUGGAGAAAUGACAUGUUCAGAACUAUUAGAAGCUCUUGAGCUGAGCCGCUGCCUUUUUCUGAUGAAUUACAUACAUGGAACUCCUCUACUGGAAAGUUCAGCUGCAUUUGAUUUACGUGAAGGUGCUGCAAAAACCGCAGCAGCCCUGGGCCGAAUUUUGCUGUUGGAUCUUGUCAUCAGAAAUGAAGAUAGACUUCCUUGUCAGCAGCUGAGAUGGCGUGGAAAUUUUGCAAAUUUACUGCUAGCUGACAAGAUUGCCUCAGUAUAUGUUGAUGAAAUGAACGAACCCUUCGAAUCCGUUAUAAAUAAAUAUAGACCAACUAUAAUCCGAGCCCUCCAAAAAGAGCUAAGAUCAACUUCAGUUGAUAGCAGACUGAGCACUCAUAAUGCGGUACUGGUAUCACAGAGCUCUGAUCUUUCUGACAUUAUGGAAUCUCCGAAAUCAAGCAAAGAAAUACCUAAAAGCCAAAAUUCAACAGAAUUAGCAAUACCGGACUUUCAUAUCGUGGCUAUUGAUUCAGGUGUCCCCCGUCGACCCCCUGCUGGAAAACGUGCAAAUGAUCGGGCAAAGUAUCCGAAGCUGGUCGAGCUUAUUAUCAACAGUUCUCGAUAUGCAGCACAAGUUCUCUAUGAGGUAAGUGGAGGAAAAUUAGGCUCUUCUCCGGAGAAUGCUGAUCCAGAGUCUGGUUCUCAUUUGACUGACAUGUCUUCAGUUGUUCAUCAUUUCCGGAGUGGAUUCCGUGCAGCAGUCCGCGAUUUGCAGGGAUUUCAUAUAUUCCUUCUUACUCUUCACCAGAAAUUGGACAGCCUUCUAAAGAUAUUUGUUAAUAUAAUAGACAAAACUGAGGUUGACAGAGAGGAUAUUGACACGGUGGCUUCCGGAUCCUCAGCUCAGGCUACAGGCUGUGUUCAUUCUCCCUGUACUCCAAGUAAAGAACGUGCAGCCAUUGAUAACCAAUCAGAUUUAAAUGAACCAGAGGUGCAGAGAGGUACUCCUAGGGCAUCAUCAUCAGGAUGCAAGGCUAGCUCUGAUUCGGGUUCCCCCAAGUUUCGAGAUGGUGUCCCUGGGAGGUUCAACAAGGGAAAUUCAGAAUCCCUUCGUAACAUGCAUUUCAUAUCCAAGCUACGUGACUUCCACAAGUUUGCUAAGGAUGAUGUAGAACUAAACAAAGAAAUCGAGCAGUGGAAUGAAAUGCUUAAAGUCGAAGCAGUUAAGCUGUGCCAGGAGAACAAUUUCAGUACAGGGUUCUUUGAGAGCGGUGAGAGUAGCAGUGUAAUUGAUGCUUAUGAGUUAAAGGUUAGGCUUGAGCACAUUCUGGAGAGGAUAGCAUUAAUAUCUGAUGCGGCCAACACAGAAAAGCCAUCGUUGAUUUCAAGUACACUGUUCAUUGGUGGUGCCCUGGCUGCGAGGUCUCAGUACACUCUGCAGCAUUUAGGAAUUACACAUAUUUUGUGCUUGUGCUCUAAUGAAAUCGGCCAGUCAGAUUCUCAGUAUCCUGAUAUUUUCCAGUACAAAAAUUUCUCAAUAAACGAUGAAGAAGAUGCAAACAUUGAUGAUCUUUUUGCAGAGGCGCAUCAUUUCAUCGACGAUGUUGAAGAAAUAGGAGGAAAGGUCCUAGUUCAUUGCUUUGAAGGAAGAAGCCGGAGUGCAACCGUGGUUCUUGCAUACUUGAUGCUCAAAAGGAACUUGACUUUGCAAAAAGCAUGGAACACCCUAAAGCGAGUCCAUCGUCGUGCUCAGCCAAAUGAUGGCUUUGCAAAAAUACUAGUGGAGCUUGACAAGAAGCUGCAUGGAAAGGUAUCCAUGGAAUGGCAGCAGCGGAGGCCAACGAUGAAGGUGUGUCCGAUAUGCGGAAAGAAUGCAGGGCUGAGCAGCAGCUCAUUGAAGCUACAUUUGCAGAAAUCACACAAGAAACUGUCAUCAGGCAGUGUGGACAGUGCCAUGUCAAUGGAGAUUGAGAAAGUGGUGGAUGCUCUCAAGAUUAGUCGGGGUGGGAGCGUCAGCCCCAAACAUCAAUCUCAUUCAAUGACAGAGUAGACACUAGCAUCCAGGCCAAAUGCACAUCCCAUAAUCCAUCACGAGAUCAAAUUCAGAUGUGCAUAAAGGUUCUGAUAAAUUUAGUCCACUAUUUAUAGGUGAUAAUCUUAUAGAACGUGGUGGCUAAAAUUCACACUUAGAAUAUUUUAUCACUUCUUUUUACUAAAACACUCCAAAAAUAUCAUUUUAGUAUACAUACUCGAUUAGGAUAUCACACAUUAUGCAUUCUGGGAAUAAAUAAUAUUUUUUUAAUUUUCGCACAUUGUCAGAUACCACGUGUUAUCCAUUCUUGGGCCGGUAACA